UUGAGGCAGCUGCAGCACAUUUGAAUGUAUAUAGGGGGGAUCUGAAAGGACCAUUACCAAUGGGCCAUCUGUCUCCCAGCCAGCAGUAGGAGCACACAGACUAGGAUCAGCGUGUCCAUAUAGUCUCAGUGAUCAGCACCAGGGGUUGCAAGAACUGUCUCUGCCAGCAUGGUGUUAGUCCACGUAGGAUAUCUUGUUCUUCCAGUCUUUGGCUCUGUACGGAACCGAGGUGCCCCAUUUCAGCGUUCCCAGCACGGUCAUGCUACCUCCUGCCGCCACUUUCAUCUGAGCCCUCAACCUCAGCUCCCAGACUUCCCUAUCCAUCCUCACCAAGUUCAACCACAACAAGGAAUGACCUCUCAUAUGGCUACUGCUCACCAGCACAAUGGACCACUGCACCAGCCCCUGCCAUCUCUGACUAGUCUACAGUUUCAGGAGGUGGCAGGACCUUCUUUCCUACCUCAGGCCCUACACCAGCAAUACCUUCUCCAGCAACAACUCCUAGAGGUUCAGCACCGGAGGCUAGUCACACACCCCAGGCGGACUCAAGAGCAGAUGUCUGUGCAUCCACACCGGUUACGUCCAAGCUUUGACUUUAACCAACAAGUACAAAUGUCUCAACCUCUGGGGCCCAGGUACUUGGCUGAAGGUACCGACUGGGACCUCAGCGUGGACACCGGUUUGACACAUCCUCAGUUCCAAGUUAGACCAGUCCCACAGCACUAUCAGCAUUACUUAGCAAGCCCUCGUCUACACCACUUUCCAAGGAACACCUCGCUUACACAAAUGGUUGUCCAUGAAAUCAGAAAUUACCCUUAUCCGCAGCUUCAUCUCCUUGCCCUCCAGGGUCUCAGUCCAGCGCGGCAUACGUCUGCUGUGAGGGAAAGCUAUGAAGAACUUCUACAGUUAGAAGACAGACUGGGAAGUGUGUCUCGAGGAGCCGUGCAGAACAUCAUAGAAAGGUGUACGUUUCCACACAAAUACAAGAAGAGAAUGCCGCAUGAUGGCAAAUACUCAAAAGAAGACGAGGAAGAAACAGAUACGGAUGAAAAGUGCACAAUCUGCCUGUCGAUGCUUGAAGAUGGAGAGGACGUGAGGAGGUUACCCUGCAUGCAUCUGUUCCACCAAGUCUGCGUUGACCAGUGGUUGGCAACCAGCAAGAAGUGUCCGAUCUGCAGAGUGGACAUCGAAACGCAACUGGGAGAAGACAGCUGAGAGAAAGAGGACUUUUUGGUCAGGAUCCCAUGUUCCUUAUCAGGUCACGUGGCCAUUGCCUGCAGCAAAACUUUUGCCUUCUGAGCCAUUUGUUUUAGAGGACAGCCUGCAAGCACAUUAUUCUGUAGACGAAUUGUGGGCAUGUUACAAUUACCAGAGGAUCUUAACAGCCAUAAUGCCCCAUUGCAUUGGAAGCUGGCCUUCCUAGAGCCAAAGAGGGCGAUCACUGGAGAUGGAGACUAGCUCUUGGAGGUAUUAGUGUGGUAGUCUGGCUUGCCAAUCCUGCACUUCAAAGGAUUGUAUAUAUACCUCUCCAAUAAGUAGAAUCAAGUAGGGGUACUUAGCUACAGUAUUUAUGUGGACGGCAUCUGGAGCAUGUUAGCUUAUUUAAAAAAACAAACAAAAAAAAUGUUCUGUGUUUGAUGCCCCAGUCAUCUUGUGGUGGACAUGUUGCUAUUAGCCUAAUUUUGCACCAAAUAUAAUUUUAUUGUUUUUUAAUUUAUAUAUUUUUCUUAUUUUGUGUAUUAUGUUAUUUUUUGUUAUUAAUAAUAUUAUUAUUUUUUUGUUUAGUUUUAUUUUAUUUUAUUUUUUUUUAUUUUUGGUGCUUGGGUGAGCCAUUACGUUUAAUGCAUAAACAUUUCCCAACCUUCCAAAAUAAGAGGCUACUGAAAAAAAGGAGAAAAAUCCUGUUUACAGAAAAAACAAAGUCGAUACGUAGCCUUAUAGUUUGUUUCUUUAACUUUUCUUAAAGUACGGUAAUUUAUUUAUUACACUUGUUAUGUUUACAGAGGGUUAUCUAAAGGGCAGACAAUUUCUCAGAUUAUUACAAUGGUUUACUCUGCUUUUGCCGGGGGCUUGUUAUAUGAAGAAUAAUCCCACAAUGGCCGUUAUAGUCCAUUCUUUUCCAUUGUUAUGGUUCGGUAUCCUUGGGAGUCCUGGUUAGAUAGCAGCCAUGAGUGUUGAGCUGGACGCUAGCCAAUGUAAUAGCUGCUUUAAUACUGCCUUUAGCUGAAUGCUCAAGACACUAAAUUUAUUUGUGACCCUAUGGUAGCUUUUAAAAAAAACAGAGGAAUCCAUUAAUUAUUACAUCCAUUACAGUGCAGGUGCCAAAAUGUAUCUAUAAUUUUUUUUUUUUUUACUUUUUGAAAAAUUCUGCAUUCUGUUGCUGAAUUUUGUUUCACUAACUGUAGAACUAAGGAUUUUGUGUAAAUAAAUAUAAAUGUCACCUUUAACCCCCAUAGGCAUAAAAAAAAAUUUUGUUUGCAAAACUUGGCAACUUCUUGUGCCAAUACAUGUUGCCAUUGUGUCCAAGACUGUAAGACUCCUAAAAUUUCUCAGGCUUCCACAGUAGCAUUAUUUUCACCAUUACAGGUCUGUUUAAGGAUGUCUGUGCAAACAUUCGAUCAUGCAGAGAGAAUAGAUCUGAAUAUAACAAAAUAUCUUUAAGUGUCAUAAAAAUAACUUAUUAUUCAAAUAUUUGAGGAAUCAGGAUGCUGGUAGAUUUUAUGGCUAUGACUACCAUUGCAAACAUGAAGUGGGAAGGCCAUGGGGUGCUAGGCCAGGCCAUUAAGUGGGACACCCAUGGGAUCCUACUCGGCCCCCUUAAAGCAAAAGCAGAGCAAACUAUAAACCACAGUCAAAAAAAAGGGUCUAUUACAUUUGGGGUCUUAAUCAUAGAGCCUGGAACAAUCAGUGCAUGCCAUAUUAAGCCCAUCAGAGUGUGUCAAGAUGGAAAGUAUUACAUUAUCGCCUAAAGAACAAGCACAUUUUUUUCUAAGAAAAAGCAAAAAAAAAAAAAAACAACAACGACAAAAGCACCAAGUUUUUAAAUGGAAGUUAUUUGUGUGUAUGAAACCCUUAACGGUAAAAGCGUAAUGUUGCGGAUCGUAUUGGUGUAUAGGGUUCGGUGUGUUAAAUAUCUCGUGAGAAUACGACACUGUAGAACGAUUUUUCCGAGUCCGUAGGAAUCAACUGUUGAUAGUUUACAGGGUUUUGUGAGUUUCAAUGCCUUAUAUUUAACAAUCAUAAUUUAUGACUAACUUGUAGACUUUUUUGUGGGUUCUUAUUUAAUUAUUUUUAUAGUUGUUUUGGCCUCUUUAAUUAUAAUUUAUUUAUUUAGAGACAAUACUAAUUUUUUUUAUAUAUGGAUAUCUAUAAAUAUACAUAACUCCUAUUACCUCAUAUUUUGCAUUGCUCUGGACUGGAAUGCUUUGCAUGUGAUAGUAACUUAAAAAAAAAAACAAAUGAAAUUCUUUAUCUUGUGGAAAAUGAUAAAAAAACAAAAACAAGUAAUAAUAAUUCAGGGUGUGUGAUUAUGAACUGUAUUACUGUGGUGCUGUAAUCUUGGAUACAUUCCUUACGAAUGCAAACCUUUGAUUCUGUAUGCUGUGACCUAGUGGAUAACUGCAAUAUAGUGGACGUGUUUAGCACAUAUACAUAUUAUUUGCACUCAUAAUCCAACCGAGAUGACCAUUUCACUCUCCUCGCCGUCUAUUAAACAUUUCUUGUAUGACAAACCUGAAGCCAAACAGAAGUUGCCCAAAAAUGAAUUUUAUGGUGUAUAGUAAUGGAGUAACUGAGAAAGCAACAAAUUCAGUAAAAUAAAAAAUUAAGUCUUUUUUAAUUUGGACAUUCAGAGAGAGAAUCAUAAAGCCUAAUGAAUUCAACAGGUACCAUGUAAUUCUCAACUUCACCUGUGGGAGUGCUGCAGGGAAAUUGAACGCUUGUUGCCAGGUUUUUCCUGCAGAUUACAACUAAGGGAUCUGUGAUCAACACAAUUUUGGUGAAGUCUUAAUAUAAAAAGUGGCCUACCCCUUUAAGUCACCCUCUUCUGUUAAGUCAGUUAAAAAUUCUAUUUAGCCUUUUCUUUGUUACAUCUUUUUUAUCAUUCAGGAUCAUGACCAGCAGCAAAACAUUACUGGCUGAUGCAUAAAAAACAUUUAGGCCAUGUUCGCACAAUGUAAGAAGAAGUCAUUUAGCUUUUUUAGCCUAUUGUGAAAAAAAAAUCACAUUUUUACAAUUUUUGUUAAUUUAUUUAAUCAAUUAUUUUUAUCCCGAUGUGUGAACAUACACUUAUUUGCCAUUUUUUGUCUUUGAAAAAAAUUUAUAAAAUUUCUGUAUAGAAUUUUGUAACAUCUUCACAGAAGAAAUCAGAAUAUUGUUCGAUUCCUUCAUUUAAAAAAAAACAAAAAAUUUGAAUUCUGAUAUCACGUCCUCCCUAGAAGUGAUAAUGGAAUUAAUAAUUUAAUGAAUGUAUUAUUAUUUUUAUUUUUUCUAUUUUUUUUUAUUACUAUUUUUAGAUUUCACAAUUAGUUGACUGGGAUGGAUACAAAACCAAAGUAUCUAGCUGAUUUCUAAUGACUUGUGGGUUAUAUAAAGGGAAAUUACACAAAAAAAGGUGUAUUGUGUGGGAAUGAAGAGAAUCUAAUGAUAAAAUAUAUACAGUAUAGAAUAAAAGAUCAGUCUUACAAUCUGUUGUUACUCCAUACCAAUAGAACGGUUAUGGUGUGCCCUUCCAUGGCAGUGCCAUUGUUUACCAGGUUAUGGUGUGCCCUUCUAUGGCAGUGCCAUUAUUACAUUUGCUCUCUAUAGAGAGUUUUCAUGUAUUGUUUUGUCUUUUACAAGCAAAAUGUAUUUCGCAUGAAGCUGUUGUCACUUGAAUAUAUGCAUAAGUAUAUAUAUAUAUAUAUAUAUAUAUAUAUAUAUAUAUAUAUAUAUAUAUAAAUAUAUCCAUGCAGUCUAGGAUACCAAGUAAAAGUGAUGUUAAUUAACAUUUCUUAGCUGUUUUUGUCAUAUGUCAAUCCUUCCCCCUCCCAAAAUACUGAGCGUGAUAACUUCUUCUGUCUGGUCCAUGACCCAUCAACUAGGGCAUUCAACAUUCAUAGUGAAGCACAUGGUAUUGGGUGGGUGGUUACAAGUAGGGGCAUGGGAGGAGGAGCCACAACAAGAAUGGGGGAGGGGUUGUUUUUAGCUUUAGCAUUUAGGAACUUUUUAAAGGUGACAACCCCAUAUAGCCUAUAUUGGUUGUCAUCUCUUCUGUCAUUGUCAAUAAAACACGUAUAAAAGCCUUCCCUAUUUAUGGGAGGGAAACCUCUUCAAGGUUGUUGUCUUAUAAUGACAACCCCAAUCCGUAUGCCCUGUUAGGGCAUAUGGAAGUCACUAAGUGGUGUCCACUCCAGACACCCCUUCUUUGAUUUAAGGUGCCCGCACACCUUCAAUAGCUGUUGGCAACAUGUUGUUUCCGCCGAGAUCAGCAAGGAUCUUGAUGGAGAAAGGAGCAAUGACAGGGUCAGUGCAGUUUAUAUCCAACAUGCCUGACCCUUCAUUGACAUUAUCGGGAGUCCCACAUACACUUUAGACAUCUGGAUCUGGCCAUUCCAAAGUCUUCUGACUAAGGUGUAUGGAGACAUCUAGAGAGGUCGUCCCCAUCCCAGUGCUCAAGGCCACCGGAAUUCCUCUUUUUUUUUUUUUUCAGGUGCUCUAUUGGCAUUGAACAGGGACAAUUAAAAAUUAUGGACUGUUGGUGGGCCUUGAGGUCUGGGUUAUGGACCUCUGCUCUAGAGCUACUAAGUAAAAGCUGGGUGAUGUGUAAUAUGACUUAUGCCCCCAUAUGCCUUUGACAUCUGGCCAGUCCUGCCAAUGUCUUUUAAAUGGAGACCUCUAGAGCAGUGGUCCCCAACCAAGUCCUCAAGGCCCACCAAUAUUUCUGUUACUCCAUUGGAAUUGAACAGGGGAAAAUUCUGUUGGUGGGCUUUAAAGGAGUAGGUUGGGAACCUCUGCCAUAGAGCUACUAACUAAAAGCUGGGUGACAUGUAAUACUACUACAGUGGCCACUGCAGAAAAAUAGAACACCGUACUAUUGAGAGUAUUAUCUUCAUAAAACAGCUCAUAAAAUUUUAAAAGUUCACUAGGAAUAUUUCAUGUCUUGAUUCCCUUCUGGCCCCUCUACAGAGGCAUAACUUGUAGCUAUAUCAACCAUGUGCCAUUUAUAAUACUGGUCUCAUAUGGGGCAGAGGGGCCUUGUAGCCCCUACCAUGGCCCUGGUGCGACUGCUACCUCUGCACCCCCUUUAGUUAAGCUCCUGCCCCUCUAUAUUAUCAGUAACAGAGAUAUAGUGUUAUAUAGUUAUGGAGAUCCAGUCUUGGAUUGUGGAGAUCCAGAGUGGUCUUCCUAAAGCUACAUCGUCUGCUGCUAGGCCGUGGAAUGACCUAAUAGCUACAUGUUAGGGAACCUAAUAAAUAAUUCUUCCAUGGAAAUCUCUUCUUCCUCUUAAAAUUCUAAAUGCAGAAAAUGUACGUUUUAUACUUUAUGUCGCAACGCUCUACGGCUGUUCAUAAUACAAAUAAACCGUAUUUAUGGCCAAGCUAUGUUUUUCCUUGAACAACCAGAGUCAUCCCGCAGUAAUAUGGUAAAAUAUGACUAAUUUAUCCAGCAACCUGGUGGAAAAUGUAAUAUUCUCCCUUUGAAAUGAGUAAGAGGAAAGUUAAUGUGAAAUCCAAUUAUUCUAAUCUCGCAGCGUCACACCGAGCUGGUUUUUAAGGCGCCACUUCUUUCGGCUUGGAUAAUGGCUCGUAUUGUUUGUCAUACCAAUGUGCUGUCCUCCACACGAGUGCGGGGAGAAUGGAAAACAAUGCCAAGUGCUCUGUACAAUCACAUUUGUCUGCAAAUCACUUGGAAUUUUGUACGAUUAAAAGUUUUAUAAACAAUUUUGUGCAAAAUGCAUUUUUGUAAUUUUUCGGGUUUUUUGUGACGGGGGAGGAAAAUAUUCUCUCUUCUUACUGAGAUAGAAAAUAAAUGGGAUAUAAGUAGUGGUCUGUAACCUGUGUACUCUGGAUGUUCUGUAACUACAACUAUUAUCAUUAAAGGUAUGGGGGGGGGGGGGAGAUUUAUCAAGAACAGGAAAGUUGACCAGUUUCUCCAAAGCAACCGAUCAGAUCUCUUCUUUCAUUUUUAAAAAGACAUCUGAAAUAUAAUAGAAGCAAUCUGAUUGUUACUAUGGGCAACUGCUGCAAUUUUUCUCUGCUUUUUGAUAAAUGAAUUGAUAAAUUAAUCAGCGCAAUGACAGCACAGACCUGCGCCAUCGCCAUAGACGGCAAUGUAGUCCGUGCUGAAUUCUGCCCAAAGAAUGGACAUGUACAGCGGGUCAGGAAUCCAGAAUUUCUUCUGCAGAAUUUUCCACAGCAAAACUUUUGCAGUGUGAAUGGGUCGACGGAAAACCAAUUGACACCAUGUUUGAUUCAUGUAGCGGUAUUACCGAGCAGAAUUCCUGACAAAACAUCUCUGAUAUUCCAUAGUGUGAACAUGCCCUAAGGGCCAAUUCACACUGAGAAUUUCUGCCCAGACAAAAAUCCGGGCAGAAAUUUUGAGUACAGCCGGCACCACCGGCAUUAGGACAACGCGGGCAUACACAGUCCCCUUUUUUAAGCAGAAAUUCUGGGCAGAAAUUCUCAGUGUAAAUGUACCCUUAAAGGGGUACUCUGGAAGGGAAAGGUUUUUAAAUCAACUGGGACCAGAAAGUUAUACAGAUUUGUACAUUACUUUUAUUUUAAAAUCUUUAUCCUUCCAGUACUUAUCAGCUGCUGUAUACUCCAGAGGAAGUUGUGUAGUUCUUUUCUCAUAUCUAUCUAUCUCAUAUCUAUCCAUCUCAUAUCUAUCUAUCUAUCUCAUCUAUCUAUCUAUCUAUCUCAUAUCUAUCUAUCUAUCCCUCUCAUAUCUAUCUAUCUAUCUAUCUAUCUCAUAUCUAUCUAUCUAUCUCAUAUCUAUC